UGAGCUUAUUUUUUGCGAUACUAUAAACUUUUGUCCGGUACUGUAUUUGCUACAUACAAGCUGGAUUUACUCCAGGAUUACGGUAUUUCUGCAAUGGUAUGAGUCUUUCACACACAUAACCGUAAUCCGUAAAGACGGUAGCGUCACUCAUUGGGAGUAGCCUUAUCACGUUGCAUAUUUAACUUUUAAUAAAAUUUAAAUCGCAAGCAGUCUGUUUCGUCCCACUUUGCUAAUCGGUAGUGAGAUUGAUUCUCGUACAACAUGAAAUUCGUGUAUUGCUUAACAUUAGUCCUGAUCACAUCUGAACUCAGCUAUGGAAUGUCUUCAUUCACGAAAGCGUCGGUAAAGUUCACCCUGAACUUUUUCCGGACGGCAUACAAUAUGGAUUCCAGCAAAAAUUGCGUCUUCUCUCCUAUCGCAAUUCAGCGCCUGUUUACUAUGCUGCAUCACGCAGCCAGAGAUGACGUAUCCAGCCAAAUGGAAACCCUUCUUGGAUUACCCAAAAAUCUUCAAUCGCUGCAGAACGGCUUGAAUAAUCAUGCUCUGGAAAUGAUCACCAAGGUGUACCAUUCGCAGGUGGAACUAGAGCCUCAUCUGUUGCCGGUACUUCAAACCGAACACGAGGUUGACGUACAGGCCCUGGAUUUCAGCCGUCAAGAGCCUAUCGUUCGCGUUGUCAACAAUUGGGCUUCCCGAUUUACGAACGGAAUUGUGAAAAAUGUGUUCAGUACACAAGGUUUGGCCGACGAUGCUAACCUAGUCAUGGUCAACACCCUCACCUUAAGCGCAUCGUGGGAGAAUCAGUUUAAUCCAUUUUUUACGACACAGCGGUCUUUCAAUUUUAUCAAUGGAGCUCGAGAAGUUGACAUGAUGCGAACAACCGAUUACUGCAGAUUCGCUGAGAUCAACGAUCUUCAAAUAGUGGAAGUGUUCUUUCAGAAGGACACUAAUUUAUCCAUGUUGUUCAUAAGGUCCAAGUCCCGUCCUCUGGAAAACGUCAUCGAGAAGUUUGAUCUGUACACAUAUCGGUUGAUCGAUGAGCGAUUGUCAUUUAGACAUUUAGAAUUGGAAAUCCCCAAAUUUUCGAUUAGCACGGGACUCGAGGUAAAACUCGUUCUGGAUGCACUGGGGCUGGGUGCGAUUUUUAGUAAGGAUGCAUUUGAGGUAUUCGCUGACUUCACCAGCCAACUGUCGAACGUUUACCAAAUCUUGAGGGUCGACAUCAACGAGACUGGCACAAGGGCGGCUGCUGGAACGCGUAAGGUGAUGCUGAUGGGAAAGAGGGCCUAUCCCAGGUUCGCCGUCAAUGGUCCUUUCAUGUUUCUGAUUCGAAAGACUUCCUCGAAGGAUAUCAUAUUCAUUGGACACUACUCAAGACGUGAUGAAUAAAUGUGAUUGAGUUCUGCUGUGCAG